UUCCAUUCUCGCCGUUUCACCAUCGAUAGCAAAAGAAAUUCGUAAACUACUUCUCGGCGAUCAAUCAAAUUUUCUCUAAGCGAUUCACAAAUCAGAAAUGGCUCUGAUUCCAAGUUUCUUCGGUAACUCACGAAGCAGCAUUUUCGAUCCUUUCUCUGCUUUCGACGUUUGGGAUCCAUUCAAAGACUUUCCUUUCCCUUCAUCAUCUUCAAUCGUCUCUCGUGAAAAUUCUGCUUUUAUUAACACUCGCAUAGACUGGAAAGAGACACCAGAAGCUCAUAUAUUCAAGGCAGAUGUUCCUGGGCUGAAGAAAGAAGAAGUGAAGGUAGAAGUUGAAGAUGACAGAAUUCUCCAAAUCAGCGGAGAGAGGAAUAGGAAUGUGGAGAAAGAAGACAAGAAUGAUACUUGGCAUCGGGUGGAACGUAGCAGUGGGAAGUUCAUGAGGAGAUUCAGGCUGCCGGAGAAUGCAAAGAUGGAUCAAAUAAAGGCUUCAAUGGAGAAUGGAGUUCUUACUGUGACUGUUCCUAAGGAGGAAAUCAAGAAACCUGAUGUGAAGGCUAUUGACAUCUCUAGCUAAGCAAUUUGCUCUCUUGUAAACUGCACUGGGUGUGUGUUAAGAGUUGAAAAGAAGUGUGUGUUUGUUCUGAAAUGUACACACGUGUGUAUGUAGUUGCAUUUGCAACCUAAUAAAUUAGCAUAUACUUUUUGCUA